AUGACGCCAGCAGAGAUCAGAUUCUCUCUACAGAGACCUCUACAGCACAGACAUCCAGACAUGGCACCUACAAUCACUGCAGCAAUGACCAACUCUCAGGAGCAGCUGACUCUGACCCACAAGCUCAGAAAGCCUCAGGUGGAGAAGUUACGCAGAGAGCGAAUCAACAGCAGCAUUGAGCAGCUCAAGUCUCUCCUGGGUCCAGAGUUCAAACAAGAGCCAGACUCCAAGCUGGAGAAAGCAGACAUCCUGGAGAUGACAGUUUGUGUCCUCAGACGACUGCAGCAGCAUCAGCUUGUGAACUCAGCAGCUGUCAACAAGGGAUUCUCCAGGUGUGUCCAAGAGACGACACACUUUCUGUCCAGACAGCAAGUGAACAUGAAGUCCCAGAGAAGACUGCUGAACCACUUCAACAAGCUGCAGCCUUCCUCUGAUAAGAACCUGAGAGAGGCUGACUUCUCUCCUCUGAGCUCCACAGUCCAGACCAGCAACACCAAAGAGAAGAGUCCAGUCAACAUCGCCCCCUGGAGGCCGUGGUAGACAUCUAAAGACUGGAGUUACUACCAGACCAACUGAGAAGACCACAUUGGACAUAUUGUAUAUUACUGGACUGAAAUCUAGGAGAUUUUAUAAACAGGUUUUCUUCAAUUCCUGUCAUGCAUGUUGCAUGAUCCAAAUCUAAUUGCUUCAGCAAUUGUUAUAUAUCACUGUACUUUAUGUAUAGCUGGUAUAUGAUCUGGGUACAUUUGUAAUCCUUUAAUAUUAUUGAUCAUACUGAUCAAAAACAUUGACCUGUCCUAUUGAAGACAUAUUGUCAUCAAGGAUCUUUAGUUGAUAUUUCAUUACUGAUCUGUUGUAAGAUCUCAUUUCUUAUCCUUUCUUGUAAAGGUUUUCUUAACGUCACAUUUUUCUUGUGAUACUUUUAUUACUCCCUGCAUGUGAUACAUGUCUAUAUGUUUGACUGCACAUCAUGUGCAGCAACAAUGUGGAGGAAUUUAUUACCGCUUGAUAAUUGUUAUUGAUUUUGAAUUAACUUGUUCAUUUCUUGAACAUUACUUUGGAUCACUUCAUGUGAUUAUUGAUUAAUGAUCUUUUUUAAGAUCAAUAUGUUUCUCCUUUUAUUAUAAAAGGUUUGUUUGAUGUACUCUCACAGUUUCCAGUGAGAAUUUUAUGUCAUAUAUUCUCAGACUUCAAUUUCAUUUUUCUAUUAUUAAGAAAGAUAAGAUGUGUUGUAAUGUUUUUUUUGUACUAUUAGUUCUAAUGUUUUGAUACUUUGUGAGAAAAUUCACAUGGUUCAGUGAGGACUGUGUCCUCAAAUAUUGUGUAUGGUUUGUCUUUUAUAAAGAUGUUUGUUCCUUUACUCUGUUUGAGUACAGUGUGUCUUGUAGAAAUCCACAAGUUGUUGUUGUGAUGUAUCAUCACCUCUAGAGGGAGCUGCAAGACUUUAUGUGGCUCAUUGUGUUUUCUGAAAUAAACAAACACUAAACUUCAA